AACACGCUGCUAACUGGGAGCAACAUGCUGCUGACUGGGAGUAAAACGCCAAUGGCUGGGAGCAUUAUGCCUCUGACUGGGAGCAACAUGCCGCUGGCUGGGAGUAACACGCUUAUAGCUAGGAACAAUAUUCCACUGGCUGGGAGCGUUAUGCCUCUGGCUGGGAACAACACAUCGCUGGCUGGGAGCAACAUGCUACUGACUGGGAGCAACAUGCCGCUGGCUGGGAGCAACAUGCCGCUGGCUGGGAGCGUUACGCCUCUGGCUGGGAACAACACGUCGCUGGCUGGGAACAGCACGCCGCUGGCUGGGAGCAACACGCUGAUGGCUGGGAACAACACGUCGCUGGCUAGGAGCAACAUGCUGCUGGCCGGAAGCAAUACGCCGCUGGCUGGGAGCAACACGCUGAUGGCUGGGAACAACACGCUGGCUGGGAGCAACACGUCAUCACGUAGCAGGUUUAAGCCCAAGGUUCACUCCGCUGUUGGCAGUCUGUUGCAGAUGUUGCGUUGUAGGCAUGAUGUGGAUAGCAGCCUAGGUCAUGGCCUAGAAGACGAACGUCGGGACUUGAAUGACGUGGGACGUGACACAAGUGACGUGAGCUGCAGCAGUAGCAGCGCUGUCACGUCACCCAAACGUCAGAGAAGCAGACGACGUCGAGCUACGAUGAACCACCACUCUUCAACUGACGAUGAUCCGUCGUUUGUGGGGGACGAAGCGAGGCGUGAUGAGCAUGCACGUCUCAACGAACUGGUUAACUCGUCCGGUGCUGUAGACGUGCCACGUCCCGCCGAUGAGCGCCCGAGGCUCGACGCUGACAAUCUGCCAGCGCUGACAUCGAUGCCUCGUCAGGACGACAUUAUCCUCUUCUACCUGCCACCCGAUGAAGGCGCUUUCUGCACGUCAGCUGAUGGCAUCUCGAGAUCGUCAGCUGUGGUGGGACGUGUGCUGACGGUCGCUGAUGGUGUCAUCACCCUCGUCACUGCAGAUGACGCCACGCCCGCUGGAGGAGGCGGUGCUGUCCUGCGCGUGCCGUGGCCGUCGAUGCUGCAGCCCCGCCUGGUGUACCCUUGACGCUUGAGCUCCGCUGCACCAGAAUAGGAGAAUUCGUGAAGCAAGAGACUUGUGUUGUGUUGUGGUAUAGGUACUACAUACUUCUGUGAUAUUAAACUUCAUACUGACCUCUAUGUUUGUUCCCUGUUUCAAGUACACGGAUCAGAGAAAAUUGUGAAAUUCAGUUUGAUUGUUUUUGUGUUUUGGGUGAAGGAAGUAGAGGAAUAUCUCUUUGAUUGCUUAUGUGCGUUGAGCCUCCCCCCUCCUCCCAUGAGUGGUGUUUAGCUCCCAUAUUGCAGUGCGGACAAAUGAGUUCAGUCUGAUGACUUUGCGUCUUAGGUAGGUGAAGACUCGUAUUUAUGAUAAUUUAUGUUUAUUAUCUAGGUGACUGGUAAUGAAAUAAAUUCGGCGCAGAAUUUAAUUGAGUUGAUCUAGGUAUAGACCAUUAAUGCUGUGCAUGCUUGAUUAAAGUGAAAAUCGAGCUCCUCGAAAUGGUCUAUUCCAUGCACUUCCCGUGUGCAUCGCUAUUUUGACGGCACUGAGCCCUCAGUUUCUUACUCCCGGGAGUCGAGUUUAACUAGUACCAAGUUUAGUGACAAUUCACCCUGAACAUAUUAUUUUAUUAUGCGUUUGCUGCCGUUUUGUCUUCCGAUUUAAGUUCCACUCGAGAGGAAUUAUACUAUAACCGAUUGGGCAGUGUGAGAGUCUUGGUGAGAGUCACUUUGCUUAUGUAGCACAACCUCCACCAGCUGCAGUACUUAAAUCGGUACAAUAUUCUUGGUGCGACAAUUGGAAGAGAAUCGAUGCAACGUGAUUCAUGCAUGUCACGCGAGUCUCUUUCAUAUUAAAAUCUGGACCUUAGAA